UCAUGAUACACAGGUUGUGACAGUGGUUACUCCCCUGGCGAGCAAUUGGACAGGUCCUGAGUCAGUUACACAAUGACUGGAACUUGCUUCUGUGAUCAACAUUAUCCUUUGCUGACAUUGUAACUUUGUGAAGACAGAUUCCAAUGAUGCCUUCGGAAGAUUUCAAUUAAUGAUUGGGUUCUGGUGGAGACGAGCUUGCGAGGGAGGAGCUGACGAAAUACCUGGGAGCGAACAAUGAUCGAGAAAUCUUAUUUCCUGCUGUCGCUUCUCCAAGCUGGACUGGCCCAAAACUGGAAAAUCAACAUUCCACCUCAGGUGACAGCGCAGGAAGGUUCCUGUGCUCGGAUUCCAUGUCAUUACAGUUAUCCUUCACAUCUAGCAAGCCAAACACGAAUUGGAAUCUGGUACCAAGGGAAAGAUUCCGUAGCUUUUCAUUCCGAGCAUCAUGAGAAAAUGUUGCAACGGUUCCGCACUCGGACCUGGCUGUCUGGACACCUGAAAGAUGGAGACUGUUCCCUGAUUAUAAACAAUAUCAUACGGGAAGAUGCAGGAUCUUAUCACUUGAGAAUAGAAUUUGACAAUGUGAAUAGUUACAGCUACUUUCCUGCAACCAACCUUCACAUUUCUGAUUUCACCGAGAAACCCAUAAUAAUCCCUGUGGAAAUUAUCGCGGAAAAGCGUGUGAACCUAAGGUGCACCUUCAACACAACGUGCAAUGGAACAGCUCCUGUCUUAGCCUGGGACACUCCCACUGCCGUACCUGGAUCAGUCUCAAACACUGUAACUCAGAAUGGUGUCACUCUGACCUAUACUUCUGUUCUGAGCCUGAUCCCAUCACCCAGACACCAGGGACAAACUCUCACCUGCAGAGUGAGAUAUCCAACUGUUUCAUCAGAGCAGACCUUCGUACUGACAGUUCAAUAUCCACCACGGAAUCUCUCAGUUGCAUCCCUUAAUGUGAUGAAAGAUUCAUUAAUCAAUAUAAUUGAGGGGAAUUCUGCAGUGAUAAUCUGCUCUGUCAAGAGCUUGCCAGCUUCUAACCUGACGUGGAGACAUCUUAAUGUCACAGUGAACAGAACAAGUUCCAGCAAUGAGCUGUGGUUGGAGAUUCCUCACAUUACGUACAGGGAGACUGGAGACUAUCAGUGCGUGGCAGAGAAUGAACAUGGAUCAGUGGAGGGCUCCAUAACCAUCACAGUGGAUCACACACCACGGAAUCUUGUGAUCACUUCUAUUCAUGUUAUUAAAGAUUCAUCGAUCAGUGUAAUUGAAGGGCAUUCUGCAGUGAUAAUCUGCUCUGUCAAGAGCUCCCCUGCUUCCAACCUGAUAUGGAGACAUCUUAAUGUCACAGUGAACAGAACACGUUCCAGCAAUGAGCUGUGGUUGGAGAUUCCUCACAUUACGUACAGGGAGACUGGAGACUAUCAGUGUGUGGCAGAGAAUGAACAUGGAACAGUGGAGGACUCCAUAACCAUCUCUGUAAAAAGUCGAAAUUUUAGUGCUUGGAAAGCAGGAUUGCUUGGAGCUGGAAUCAUUUUGAUUGUUGGACUGAGUGCGUUCUUCAUCUUCAAGUGUGUGAGAAAAGUGAAAAGCACAGAAAGAAACCAAACAGACACCGCAAGGGAGCAGUCUGACAAGUCCAGGAGGAAAGUUGAAGAAGUGAAAUCAAAUCAUAAUGUCCAUGUGCACCAAAAAGAUGACCUCUACGCAAACUGCAAUUAUGAUGACGAGGCUGUGUAUGCGAAUAUCUAAACUAAAUAAGAUUGAGAAAUGUUCAGCAUGGGGACAACACAGAUUGAGGGAAUAUUUUUAAACUUCAACUUAUUUUCUAAAAUCCACAGGAAUCAUUCCCAAGAACUACUUUGAAAUUUCUCAAUAUCAUGUGCUGGCGUUUCUCGGAGGUGAUGUGUCAGAGUUGAGUGAUGAGGUGUCCAAGAUGUGUUGGUCUGGAUUUAAUUUUAAACAUCCUUUUUCUACAUUAUCUCCAACAGCAAGGAAUGUCCUUCUGUCCGUUGUGAUUGUCAAUGUCUUUCGAUCUUGAUCAAACUUCUGCCAAGACUGAACAGACGUAUUCAACUCUGCGCCAGUUCCCUUCCUUGCACUCAUCCACUGGGUCAACGUUCCUUGAAUCCUCACCUCCGCCCUAGCCCAGAACUGUCAUUUCUGCCCACUUUCUGUUCUAUCACCUCUCAUGCUCUCUCCAAGCUCACUCUGUCAAUGACAACUGCCUCCUUUUCCCUCUGUCCAGUUCCCACUAAACGUUCAUCACCCAACAUUCCCUCCUGGCUCUCAUGUUAGCCAACCGUUGUGAUGGUUCACUCUCUUCAGUAACUGGUCCCCUCUCUCUUUGAAGUCUCCCACCCACACCGUUCCCCUCCAAAAACAUCCCUUCACUCCUUAAACCGCCUGCUUCAGAUGCUCAGAAAACCCAAUCUCUUUGAUCAAACUCUUAUCCACCAGUAUUAAAUCAUAUUCCCUUGCCCAAUUCUAACCAAGGCAGACUUACAUUUGUGUAACACCUUGGACCACUGCAGAACUUUUCAAAAGCGCUUCAGUGAAUUAAGUAGUUUUGAAGUGCUGCCAUCUUUGCAAUGUAGGAUUGACACAGCAAGAUUCCAUAAAAAAAGCAUGCGAUUGUGAGACAUAACGUUUGCUUUUAUGGAUGCUGAUUGGGAAAUAGAAGUUGGUUGCAGGACAUUGGGAAGAUGAACACCUGCUCCUUUUCCAAAAAUCGCCAUGGGAUUUUCCACAUCCACUUGAGCAGCCCUCCCUCAGCACUGACCCUUUGACAAUUCGGCAGUUCCCUCAGCACAGACCCUCCGAUAUUGUGGCGCU